AUGGAGUUUAUUAACCAGUACUACUGCAAAUGUAUCUGUUUGGCCUUGAUCUUCAUGUUGGGGGCUUGGUCUUCUCAAGCCACUUCUCGCAAUCUCCAAGAUGCAUCAAUGUAUGGAAAAUACGAGCAAUGGAUGACUCGCUAUGGACGUGUAUUUACCGGCGUUCAAGAGAAAGAGAUGCGUUUCAAGAUAUUCAAGGAAAAUGUGGCAUUCAUAGAAUCAUCAAAUAGCGAUGCAAACAAACCUUAUAAAUUGAGUGUCAAUCAAUUUGCAGACCUUACAAAUGAAGAAUUCAAAGCCUCUAGAAAUGGAUUCUUGGGGCAUGAAUGCUCCACAAAGACAACUACUUUCAAAUAUGAAAAUGUUACAGCCCCACCUACAGUAGAUUGGAGAACAAAAGGAGCUGUGACGCCUAUCAAAGACCAAGGCCAAUGUGGAUGUUGUUGGGCUUUUUCAGCAGUGGCAGCCAUGGAAGGAAUUACUAAGCUUUCAACUGGUAACCUAAUCUCUUUAUCUGAGCAAGAGUUGGUUGAUUGUGACACCAAAGGUGUAGACCAAGGUUGUGAGGGUGGCUUGAUGGAUGAUGCAUUUCAAUUCAUCAAUCAAAAUCAUGGGCUUAGUACGGAGACAAAUUACCCCUACACAGGUGUUGAUGGUACUUGCAACACCAAGAAGGAGGCUAGCCAUGCUGCCAAGAUAACUGGCCACGAAGAUGUGCCUGCAAACAGUGAAGCUGCCCUUCUUAAGGCUGUUGCUAAUCAACCUGUUUCAGUUGCCAUUGACGCCGGAGGUUCUGAUUUUCAAUUCUAUUCAAGUGGUGUCUUUACAGGAGCUUGUGGAACAAGUCUUGAUCAUGGUGUUACCGCUGUUGGAUACGGAGUCAGUGAUGAUGGUACCAAGUAUUGGUUGGUGAAGAACUCAUGGGGCACAGAGUGGGGUGAAAAAGGAUACAUAAGAAUGCAAAGAGGUGUUGAGGCAAAAGAAGGUCUUUGUGGCAUUGCUAUGGAAGCCUCUUACCCCACUGCAUAGUUUGAAUU